AUGGCAGCUAAACCCAAAUACAAGCUCUCCCAAGAGCAGAUCGAUCACUUCAUGAGAUUUGGGUACGUGCGUCUACCAGACUGUUUCUCGCGAGAGAAAGCAACCGAAUGGGCAGGUGAUGUGUGGACUAGACUCGGUAUGUCACCAACAGAUAAGUCGACUUGGACAACCGAAAUUAUCCACAUGGGAGGCACCAAAGAAGAGCCAGUCAGGACCUUCGCUCCCAAGGCAUGGGCGGCCAUCUGCGAGCUUCUCGGCGGCGAAGACCGUGUAGCCCCGGAAUCAGCCACUUGGGACGAUGCCUUGAUCGUCAAUCUUGGAUUGCCCGAAUCCGAGGGUACAUGGCCCCAUCCUGCUGAUCUACCGGGAUGGCAUGUCGAUGGCGACUUCUUUACGCAUUUUCUUGAUUCGCCUGAACAGGCCCUGCUCAUUACACCACUAUUUACAGAUAUCCAGGAUCGUGCAGGUGGCACUAUGGUCGCCCCUGAGGCGAUGAAAUAUGUUGCUGAGCAUUUGUACAAGCAUCCUGAGGGCGUGACACCGUAUAUGUAUCCCCGUGGCCAAGAGCCUAUUGGAAACCCCGCAGAUACGCCCUUUUACUCGGAUAUCGUUAGGAAUUGCACAAAUUUCUGCCAGAUGACUGGUAAAGUGGGCGAUGUGAUUCUUCUCCAUCCUUUCAUGUGUCACUCGAUUUCUGUCAACAGCUUGAGACAUCCACGCGUUAUCACCAACCCACCAGUAGCCUUGAAGCAGCCGUUCGAGUUUGACCGGAACGAUCCCUCCAAAUACAGUAUGGUCGAGAAGAAAACACUAGAGAUGCUUGGUAAAGACAGGCUUUCUGGCUGGAAAAUCAAAGGGAAGCGAGAGUUCGUCAUUCCGGAAGUAUAA